CGAAAUAUGGAUGAGCUUGGAUUUAAUAAAGUACACAUGAAACGUUAGGUAUCUGUUGACUGCGGCUGCCUAUAUUUCGAGUCUUUGACAUGUCUACAAUUCCCUGUUUAGUUGAUAGUUGGAGUGAGGAGAAUAACAACAUAAUAUUGACUUGGAAGCAAAACGAAGUAAACCUUGAGCCAAGUCAAGAUGUUCGGAAGCGAUGCUGUUCAGAAAGCCUUAAACUGCUUCAGAAAAUUCAAGGAAUACCAGCAGCUACUGAACGACUCAAACUUGAAAUGACAGUUUCAUAUAAUACGUUUUUAUUCUCGUUGGGUUUCUCCAACCCCAGUGAGGUUGAGGAGAGUCUCAUCCACACAUUAUUAAGAGCUUUAGAGGCUGCAGGAUCUCAGGUGUCCAGUUCUGAUCCAGUGAAGUUGUGGGAGGCUGUUCUUCAGACUUUUGGCACCUCAGUCAUUGUGCCGUAUGUCUACAAGCUUCUGCUGAUUCAGUGGAUGCUGUGGCUCAUGCACUGUCAGUUGGAGAGAAUUCUUACUCUUCUAACACAGACUAACCACAAGAGAGAGCAUUCAGCACCUGUGAAUCUACUGACAGAAACACGAAACCUUGCUUUGAGCAUGGAAGAAGACUCCUCACUAAUGGUUGCCAUGGGAGCAAAGGACCUCAAGGAUCUUUUGCACAUCUGCACUGUGAUAUGUCAAGGGGUGGAACAGAUGAAGAUGGAGAAAUAUUCCGAGGCCCUUGAGGCUUUUCAGGAGGCUAAAGGCCUCCCAAGUCCCAGAAGUCUCUUGGCACAGAUCCACACUCUUACAGGCCAGAGUUUUGCUAAGCUGGGUCAGCCCCAUUGUGCUCUCCACUUUUAUCGGAAGGCUGUGGAGGUGGAUUGUGCUUGCCAUAGUGCACUUUAUCAAAGUGCUCUGGUGUUCAGGCAGCUUGGCAAUUCAAAGGCAGAAAUUGAGGCCCUGCAUCUUCUUUACUCAGCAGUCCAGCUGCAGGCUGAUAAAAGUUCAUCUAGUGCUUCACUGGUCUCUCCAGCUACACUGCUUGGUGGUGAACAGAUGACCUUCAUUAGCAGAGUCCCUUCCUCCUCUCUGAUUCUGCACACUUUGGCUCACACAUGUGUGUUCAGUGGCAGUAUUUCAGAUGGUGUUGAGCACUAUCUUGAUCUGUUGGCGUCACUCCAGUCAGAUGGCAAAGAUCUUGUAUCCACAGGGGAUGGCACUUCUUUUCCCAGAAUCCCAGUGGUCUACCUUGAAGCAGGAUUUGCUUUGUUGAAAGGUCAAAGGUAUAGUGAUGCUCUUGUGGUCUGCGAGGAGGUCAUCACUAGCACUUCAGACUUCAUUCCCAAGAGGCUGCUACUUGAUGCUGUUGAAAAACAAAAAUCUGAUUCUGAUGUCGUACUUGAAAAUGUGGACUUUGUGUUAUGGGCUGGUGCGGCCCAUCUCCUUCAAGCACAAGCCCACUGGAAACUGAAGGACACCAAAGAGGCUAUUACAAACUUCACAAGAGCGAUUAAUCAGCUGGUGAAAGUGUUUAUUAAACAGACAGACUGGAAACAAAAACAUCUUGGAAACACUGAAGCAAUGGUUGAAAGAAUGGUGACUUUGGAAGCAGCAAAAGGACAAGCACUAGCUGGUCGAGGGUGCUGCUUUUUGGAAAGAGGUCAAUUGAAGGAGGCCCUGAGAGAUCUUCAUCUCAGUCUCCAGAUGACACCAGGUUGUAAGAAUACUAAAAUGUGGCUAACUGAGGUCUUGUGGAGGCUUGAUCGUAGAGAGGAAGCAUCAGCUAACUGGAGAGAAGCCCAUAGUACUUCAGAUACACCUUACAAGUCAAUAAACCUACCGCUAUAUUUGCAGGCGUGGCCAGAGGACACAGCUUUUGACUUCACUGACUUGAAGAAGAAAAUGGGCGAAUACCUUCAUGCCAAAAAUGUAAUUACAUAAGACGAGGAUGCUCUCUAUUAUAAAUUGCACCAUGUCAUCUUUGUUGGUGCAUAACUACAUACAAAAAAGACUGUUUUAAUUGUGUUGUCUAAUUUCCUUUUCCUUUUGUCUAAUUGUGUUGUCAGAUGUAACCAUGUAGCAUAGUAAUACUACUGUACUGUACUACUGUAGCUGAAGUGUCAUCCCUAAAACCAAAUUAAAGAGCUGUGUUAAUCAGAGGGCAGGAUUUCAUGCUACAA